AACAACCGCGAGAAAUGGACAAAACGAAAGAUGAAACUCUUUCGCUUUACAAUUCACAUAUUUGCCGGCUGUGCGCCGAAGAAAAUCCAAAUGGUUACCAGCUUUUCUCUGCCGAAACUGACGAACCGGAUCUGAGCGUUUCAAUCAAUUCAUAUUUGCCGUUGAAGGUGACAGAUGACGGAAAGUAUCCUCGAUGGAUAUGCCCAGGAUGCCACCUCCAAGUGGAAUCAACUGUUCAAUUCUUCAACCUCGUUGCGAGCGGGCAAGAGACCCUACGUAAUCUUUACAAUUCUCAGUGUGGAGACGAGUUACGUCGAGGUAUCGAGGACGCGGUAAUGCAUGACAAGGGUGAUCGUGAAAUUUCCGAGGCACACUCCUCUACAGGCGAGGAUUUACCAUAUAGUGUUGAACUAAUUCAAAGAAUGUCGGGAACUACUACAACAAUAGAAGCGAAUCUUGAAAAACCCAAACGAAAACGAGGACGACCACCAAAACCGCCGCCUCAAAUUGAUCCACCUGUUGAGGAUCCGAAGAAGGAAUUUAAUAUCGAGCCAGAGCAGGAGGAAGACCCGCAGACAACACUGUCCUCCGGUCGUCGUCGCAGACAAAUAAAAAUUCCUUCAAGAUAUCAGGAAGCAGUACAAGGGAAAGAGUUAGAAAAAGUCUACGUUGAGACGGGAGUCAUUGAACAUAGUGACUUCGGAUCGGAUAUUGACGAAGGACUACAAGAAGUCACGGCCAGUGGAGAAAACUGCACAGUUUAUCCGGUGGAGGUAAUUGGACAUCUUCAGGACAAUGAUGGGGAGAAUUUGGGGGAUUUGGUUGUGAUAAAUAAUAAACUGCAAAAGAUCUAUAAAAAAACUAAAAAAAAGACUCGUUUCAUGUGUGAUAUUUGCAAAGUAUGCUUUUGCUAUGAACAAAAGUUCCUACAACACAGAUUUUCCCAUCAUAACGUUCGAUUUGAAUGCACGCAAUGUCUAGAAAAUUUCCAAGAAAGGAAUAGUUUAAUACAACAUCAAUCGGAAACAGAACAUAAAGGAGAAGGGAUAAUAGAAGGGUUUGAGAUUAAUCCAAAUAGUAACGGAAAUACAGAAGAGCAGGCCACCGCAUCAACAUGUAAUGCAGAUAAAAGGACGAGCUGUGAUCCUAAUUUAGAGAACCCCCAUCAAAUUGCUCAUUACGACGAACAUCAGCUGGAAGAUGUUUUCAAGAGAAUUGAUGAGCUUGAGGGAACAGAAGAAGUUUUGAACGAGUUGCCCGAAACUUCAGGGCAUGGUGCUGAGCAUGAAGCCGACGCUUCAUUUGAGGAGACUACGAAUCUCAUCGAGGAGUUAGACAGUUUGAAUAAUGUACACGAGGCUACUGAUGAGGCUGAAGUGGAUAAUCCCGCUUCAAAUAUGAAUUUAGAAAAUCCGUCGGAACAACUGGAAAUUAGUCCUGAUCAACAAGAUAUGGAGGAAAAAUCCCCAAAGAGGCUGAAUUAUAAUUGCAAUAUUUGUAAUCAUAAAUUCAAUCGUAUGCAGUCCUAUAUCUACCACAAACAAAGUGAACACAACGACGGUCGGAGAUUCGUUUGUAGUAAAUGUAAAAAGUCAUUCAAAAAUAAAACACUACUCCAAAGGCACCAACUCGUACACUCGAACCUGAGACCGUUUACUUGUAAUUAUUGUGACGCUGCUUUCAAAACGAAAACUCAUCUUUUUUAUCACAAAAAAUCACAUACUGGAGAGAAGAAACAUCAGUGCAACGUUUGUGAUCAGCUUUUCGCCCAUAAGAGUAGUUUAACGUUACAUAUGAGAUGUCAUACCGGAUAUAAACCUUUUAAAUGCUCGGUUUGUGGAAAAGCAUUUAUCCAGCAUGGGAAUAUGCAAGAACAUAUGCGCAUUCAUACAGGCGAAUGUCCAUUUGAAUGUCACAUUUGUGGGCGCAAAUUUAAAACAAGCUCCCAAGUCCGUAUGCACAUAAAGCGCCAUGAAGUCAAUAAACCUCUCAAAUGCAACUUAUGUGACAAGGCCUUCGUCCAAAUAGUCGAACUACGAAAUCACCAACGACGCCACAAAAAUAUUAAACCGUAUAGCUGCGAGACAUGUGGUAAAAGUUUCAUUGACGUUGGCGCCUUGAAGAAACAUUUCCGAUUGCAUACCGGUGAGAAGCCUUACUCAUGCACGGAAUGUCCUCGGCGUUUUGCUGAUGGAUCGAACCUCAAGAAGCAUCUGAAAAUCCACGAAAACAAGAAGCAAAUGGAGUUUCUGAAAACAUCGAACGUUACACAGAUGUCCUUGGAUCAAACCUUGGAUGAAUUUACACAAUCAUCGACGGUUAGCGGUGAUAACUUCACAUUGAGCAAUGCUGACGUGAAUAGUAUGGUGGGGGAGAAUUCGAUGUGGGAUUUGAUCGAAGAAGAUGCUUGUUUGGAGGGGACCAGUGGAGUGACUUUAUCGGCAAGUGACGGCGUUGGCGGUAAUCAGCAGCUUGUAAAUAUAACCUAUCAGGACCCAGACGAUCCGCUGAGAAGUAAGACGACGCUGUUUGUUGUGCAAAAUACGCCCACUGUUUCCGCCAUGGGUAAAAUAAGCAACAUUGAGGAUUCGAUGGCCUUGACGCAAUCGUGUAAUGAUGAUCAAUUGCUUCAAACAUCAAACGUAUUCCUGGCUAAUAAUGGUACUGAUCCGAACGCAAUUCAAACUGUUAUAUUGAAUAUUCAGAAUCCGGUGGAUCUUGCUCUCGAACAGGCGUGUGCAUUAUUCCCCAGCGAUGGCGCGGCUGAUAAUCAACUUCAAAUAGUCGCAAACAAUCAACAGAAAGUAGAAUUUUUAAAUUAUGCUGACGCACUUAAUAUACCUGAUUAAAGUU